AUGGAGUUUAGCGAAGACAGUGAUGUCUCUAUUAUAGAGCUUGAUCUUAUGCCUACUGCUGACCACAAAGAUCAAGUAUAUUGUAAAUGUUGUUCGUGUGCUGAGAAAGGUUACGGUGGCAAUUGGGUUAGCAAGAGAACUCGAACUAGGCAUAAAAAAACUCAACGCACUCACCAGAAACCCACUGUAGUAUCUUCAGAGUCAUCAAAUUCAGAGUUAUUGAGCGAUAAAGAUAAUGAUCAAAUUAAUGAUAAACAAAAACCUGUUUGUGGUCAAGAUUUAUCGUGGUUAGACUCUGUCAUAGAAAUGCAAAAUUCGUUUGAAAUUCAAGAUUCAUUUUUACCGGAUGUUAAUGCUGAAACUUCAUCUGAAAAUCAAGAAUUAGUAACUUCAAGUAGUGAUAAUGAAAUUUCACAAAAAAGCA